GUUAUCCCACCGAAGGAGUGGAAGCCAAGGAAACAUUAUGAUGAUAUUGAAGAUUUGGUGAUUCCUGCUCCAAUUCAGCAGAUGGUCACUGGCCAGUCGGGGCUGUUCAUGCAGUACAACAUUCAGAAGAAGCCAAUGACAGUGAAGGAGUUCAAGCAGCUGGCCAACAGUGAAAAAUACUGCACCCCGAGAUACGUAGAUUAUGAAGAUCUGGAGCGUAAAUACUGGAAGAACUUGACUUUUGUGGCACCAAUUUAUGGAGCAGAUAUCAAUGGGAGCAUUUAUGAUGAAGGUAUUGAGGAGUGGAAUAUUGCCCAUCUUAAUACAAUAUUGGAUGUUGUAGGAGAAGACUGUGGAAUUUCUAUUGAGGGUGUCAAUACUCCAUAUCUGUAUUUUGGCAUGUGGAAAACGACAUUUGCUUGGCACACUGAAGACAUGGAUCUCUACAGUAUUAAUUAUCUCCAUUUUGGGGAGCCAAAGUCAUGGUAUGCUAUUCCUCCAGAGCAUGGGAAACGGCUUGAAAGACUAGCUCAAGGGUUCUUUCCAAGCAGCUCUCAAGGGUGUGAUGCUUUUCUUCGCCACAAGAUGACUCUAAUUUCUCCAUCAGUAUUGAAAAAUUAUGGAAUUCCUUUUGACAAGGUUACACAAGAGGCAGGAGAAUUUAUGAUCACUUUCCCAUAUGGAUACCAUGCAGGAUUUAACCAUGGUUUUAACUGUGCUGAGUCAACAAACUUUGCCACCAUCCGAUGGAUUGAUUAUGGAAAAGCAGCAAAGUUGAAAAACAUGAGGAUAGCUAUGGUUAGAUUUAUCCUAACCUCAGGAAACUUCCUGAAAGUAUUAAUUAAAAAG